CAGCAACUGACUGGGCAGACUUCCCAGGAAGAUGCAGCCACUCCUGCUCCUGGUGGUCCUUCUCCUGCCGCCCAGGGCUAGGGCAGGGCAGAUCAUCGGAGGCCAAGAGGCCGGGCCCCAUUCCCACCCUUACAUGGCAUAUGUUCAGAUCCCAAUUCCACGUCUGAAAACUUGUGGGGGGUUCCUGGUGCGAGAAGACUUUGUGAUGACAGCAGCUCACUGUUUGGGAAGCCAAAUAAGUGUCAUCCUGGGGGCCCACAACGUCAGUAGGUCGGAAAGGACUCAGCAGCGCAUAUCGGUGCUCAGAGCCAUCCCCCACCCCGGGUACAAUCCGCAGAACAACCAGAAUGGCAUCAUGUUACUGCAGCUGAGGAGCAGAGUCAGACGUAAUGAAGCUGUGAGGCCGGUGGCUCUGCCUCAGACCCAGAACAGGCUGAGUCCUGGGACCCUGUGCACCGUGGCCGGCUGGGGCCUUGUCGGCCUGGACAGGAGAACAGACACUCUCCAGGAUGUAUGGAUCAGAGUGCAGAGGGGUGAGGAGUGCAGUAGACUCUUCAUGUUCUACAUUGACCGAACACAGAUUUGUGUGGGCGACCCAAGAGAGCGGAAAUUCGCCUUCCUGGGGGACUCCGGGGGCCCCCUUGUGUGUAACAACGUGGCCCAGGGCAUCGUCUCCUACGGAAAUGAGAUGGGGACUCCUCCAGCAGUCUUCACCAGGAUUUCCAGCUUCCUGCCCUGGAUACGGAGAACGAUGAGACGCUUCAAAGAGUGGGGGCUGGAGUGACACGCCCUGUCACUGACUCCCCUUCUCUGGGGCAGAGCCCAGAUCCAGGGCGGUUCCCAGAGCCUUAAUAAACAUCCACAUCUAGAGUGGAAAUAACCGAUUUCUCAUUUGUUCAUUAAACAUG